UAUUUAUCUUAAUUAAAUUAACCCCCCCUCCCACACCUCUAUAUAUAUGCUCUCCAUAUUUCCAUCGUCUCAUCGGAUCAAAGCAUACACAAAACCAUGGUAGAAACGAAAGUCACAACGAUGGAGAUUAAGGUGGUUGACCUUGGUUGCGAAAAAUGCCACAAGAAAAUCAACAGAGUACUGUGCGCUAUCCCUCAAAUCCAGAACCAGAUAUAUGACAAGAAGGAAAACACAGUGACAAUCAGUGUGGUGUGUUGCUGUCCUGAAAAGAUCAAGAAAAAAAUAUACUGCAAAGGAGGUCGAACUGUCAAGUGCGUUAAGAUUCCACCUCCACCUCCACCUCCACCUCCACCACCAACUGUCAUAUGCGUUAAGAUUCCACCUCCACCAACAACUCCACCACCAUGCACAUGCACAUGUUGUGAAAAAUGCCGCCGAGGCCCAUGUUGUCAUCACUUUUGUACGCCAACAGUACCUCCAUAUUGUCCUGUACCUUGUAGAAGGGCGGUGUGUGAUAUAUGGGAAGACGGUUGUUGUAGUUGCCGAAGUAGGGGUUACUCUGUGUGCAGAAGUUUAUAUGUUUAUGAAGAGUACUAUCCCCCGACAUGCAAAAUCAUGUAAAGGGAAAUCAAGUUCAGAAGACCGAUGAUUUGAGUCAACGUCCAACAUCAAACAUUGGAUUCAAAUCCAGUGGUCAUGAUGGACCUUAGUACUGUUGUUGUAUUUAUAUGAGAUGUAUAAAUAUUAUUGUAGGGUCACGUAAGUACUUACAAUUAUUGCAAAUAAAAGCAAAAGGUUCCAUUUUCCAA